AUGCCAAGCGCUACGACUACAAGCUUUGAUGACGAUUUUAUCUCUGAUCGACUGUUAACAUUCAUGCAUAAUGGAGACUGCAGCGGUGGGUCAAAUAGCAGGGCGUCCUUCAGUGGACUAAAUACGCUCGGGCUUCCGGCUAGUGCCCAAAAAACCUUUUCAUUAGAUAAGGAUGGUUCCUUAGCUUUGUCGAACAAAUCCAAUCCUGUUACGUGCAAUUCUCCAGUUCAACAAGGGGCAAAUGGAUAUGCUGCAGUGUCCUCUUCACAUCUCAUCAAUAAGUACACAGCUGGAAUGAUAAACAGUGCUUUUUCAACACCGAACCCUGGGACAAAGGUUUUGGAUGAUUAUCAUAGCCUUCAGAAUUCUCCAUUUUACAAUCACUAUCCGAUGAAUGGUUUUGCUUCUCUAAAACAUCCGAACGACCCACUUUGUAACAAUCUUCUAUCAAAUGGCAACGGUCAGCGGUGCGACACUUUUUCGAAUCCGAUUGACUGUCAGAUGGUGCUUCCUAGACGACCACCGCAGAGAGAAUUAUUUCCCUCAAUGCCCAUUCCAAGAUGUGAUAAUGGCUGGCCUACCGCCAUUUCUUCUAUGAACGUCAACGCCAACGGACAGCCCCCCGGAUUGUUGAUGCAAGACCGCCUAUUCUACAAUUCAAUGGCUCAAAAACGCGGUUAUAUUGUGGGCGCCGAGUUAGAACGAAUUAAGGAGAAUUCCAGACGCUCAACAAGUCACACGUAUGGCCGCAUUUCCGCCCACUUCCGAAACCGCUAUGGAGAAACAGAGGCCAAGACGAAGGCCUCAUACAUGCAACUCGGCGUUAGAGUUCCAAGCAAAGAUCAUGUCUCUGAAAUUGUCGGAAAAGGAGGCCAGAAAAUUAAGCUUAUUCGGGAGGAGACCGGUGCACUUAUCACGACUCCUGGCGAAUAUGAAGACCAUGUCUUCAUAAUCGAAGCGCCACCAGAGAUUGCACUUCAUGUAGCUGAGUUGAUUUCAACUCGUGCACAAGAGAUUACUCAAAGCAAGAUGUCUGCAAGUGAGCGGCGUCGCGGUUCCACAAGUUCAAUUCCUGGUUGUAUGGCUCUUUUUUCAAUGAAUUCUAUCAAUGGUUCGGCCCCCAGUAACGGACGCCUCAUGAAUCGAAGCCCUGACGAUCUUCCUACUGGCUCUUUGCCCUCUCCGGCCCCUCUCCUCAAAACCAAUGUUAAUAGCGGCUCAGACGCUGCCACCUUCGCCUUCAGCAACGGCCUCUCUUCAGGCAACAAUGUUGGUGGCUCAAGCGGACGGAUAUUAUUGGCUCGUUCCAAAAUCUCAGUACCACAGGAUAUGGUCGGCAAGAUUAUCGGCACACAGGGGUCUAUCAUAACUACUAUUCAGAAAGACACCGGCACCGAAAUUAAGAGCCCACCAAAGGAGGCGGCUAGGGGUCCCUCAGCUACCUCAGAAUUCGAGAUCUCAGCUUACCAGUCUCUGGGCAUGACCUCUAAUCAGGCAGCUGAAUGUCGGGUGCAACAGGCCAAGCAAUUGAUUGGCCACUUGGUUAUGCGUCAGUUUGAGCGGCGUGCAAGUGAGGAGUUAGAUGAGGGUGGCGGCUGUUCGGGUAAACCGAGGGCUAAUUCAACAGGUGAUGACUGUGAUGAAAACGGUUCGGCCUCGAGCCGGAACUCCAAGACUGUGGGCUGGAUGUGGCCUGAUGUCGCGCAAAUGGAUUCGACGGAGGCUCGCGAGGUCCUCGAUCGAAUCCUCGCUGAGUCAAAGAGCAAAACUAGACGGGCGAAGGAGUUGGCAGCCGCUGCGGCCGCGACGACCACCGGAAGUGUGCCUCCUUCGCCUAGCGCACAAGCCACCGGAGGAUUCGGAGGGGAAUUCUUCCCUCCUGAUAAAGUCACCACAUCAUGCCACAACAGUCCUUUCCAUCAAGCCCGUGUUACAAUGCCACCGCCCCAAGCGCCGCCGCCGCCACCACCAGGCACUUCUCAAAAUGGUUACCAGCAUUCGAGUGGCCCUGCUCAGGUCAACUUGCUGAAUGGAUUUAUGUCCGAAAGGCGUAUUCCUAACGUCGAGUACCAUACUGAGUCGGAUUUCCAGGAUCUUCAACUAUUAGGUGGGGGAUCCUCGACUUCCGCCUUCUGGCCAAACCACACACCCCAUCCCCUAUCCGCGGCUCGCAAUUCAUUCUCUGCUGGUCCCUCUGGCAACGGCAAUGGAAAUAUUUCCCAGAACAGUCCCAUCAUGUUGCGUCGCCACACAAUGGCUUCAGACCUCGUUGAUAAUCGUCCCGACCAUCACCAGCUCCUGUUGGAAAGUCUUGCUGCCGAUAUGGUUAAGGAGAAUAGUAAACCAGUUUCGGGCACUAACACUACCGAGCAUGCCCCAUUUGAUUUAAUCCAGACUCUAGAUUCACUCUGUCUCGGCAGCGACGGGCCAGCUAUUAGCGGAGGAGAGCUCUCUUAUCCGCCCGGAUUCGAUAACCGUGGUUCCGCUGGUGCAGAAUCCUCAUCGGCAUGGCCAACUUCAUUUUUCUCCAGUGGAGGAGGCUCUGAUGGUCUGUCUGACGGUUCUGCUACAUCAGAUGCUGCAAUCCGAAGCAUUUGGGCUGACACCCCUGGCACGGGUGGCAGUGGUGAGCUCUUCUCCAGUUUCAGUUUUACCGCGAAUCCACUGUCAGGCAUCGGAGUUACUGCCUCGUCAAGUGGUGGUGUGCCAAACAGAUGCGGAGCUAUUGGGGAGGGAAGACGUCGGAGCACCCCGCCAGCCGGUACCGCGGGGGGACCGAAUGAGGCGGCAUCUAUUCCCGCAGUCUAA